UAAGAGGUCAUCUGAAGCGUUAUCAAUUAGCGCUGACUUGACUUAGUUCUACAAACAUGCACGUCCUCCAUUUUACCGUUCUCGUCGUGCUUCUGCCAACAGUAUUUUCCUACGACUGCUCAACUCGUCCCGACGGAAUUUACGAUCGCGGUUGUCGUGAAUUCAUUCACUGUGAGAACCACGUGGCCACCGCUGUAACAUGUCAACACAACCAAGUCUUCAACAGCAACACGGGCAAGUGUGACAAUCCAAUCAACGUUCCACCGCCAUGCGGAAUCCUCAGAGACUGUACCACGAAAAGUGAUGGUAGAUACCCCGAUCUGUCAGAACACUGUAGAUCAUAUUACACUUGUAUAUCCGGAACCUUCUUUGGACACAAUUUCUGUACACCAGGAACGGUUUUCAGUGAAAAACUUCAGACGUGUGACUGGCCGAGUGACGUGCCACCGCCAUGUGGUACAAAACACUAGAAUCAACUCGAUGAGCGAUAUGAUUUGACGGAAAUAUGUAUCACAAAAAUAAAACGGAGCAGAAGAUUACAUAUUUAUAUUACGAACAUACCAUUGCUGAAUUUCAAUAAAUUAAAUGUUACAA